UCAGUGACCACUUGCUCCUCUGGCGUCAGCAUCGCGCGGCACGAUGGCGAUCGAUACGGCAGUGAAACGUUCAAAGUGAGGUAUUUUAGGAAAACCUCGGCAAUGAGGAGGAAGAGGAGCGCUGUCACCGGGCUGAUCGACUCGCCGGCGGACGAGCACAAGACCUGGUCCCAAACGCAAUCGAGCUCCUGAGUACAAAUCUAACUGGGAGGACUGUAUCUGAGACCUGAGUAACCUCAACAUGUUGUUAAGGUUUGCACUGUCCCACCACUAGGAGCAUGAGGUGGAAACCAUAGCAACGGACGUGUCCCUGUGUGUGUGUCCUGAAGAUGCCUCUCUGUUUUAUCAAGGUUGCAUCAGAGUCUGAAGUAAAGGGAAGACAGGCGACUAUAACAUAGAUAUCACCAUGGAAAACCAACUGCUCAACAACACCUUAAUGUGUACACCACAGCAAUAAUCAACCAUGUCCAGUUGCGUUUGGGUUGAUAUCCCCUGAUAAUUGCUGUUAUGGCUUUUUGUAAUGAAAGCCUGCUGGAGGAGUGUGACUUCAUGGAGCCGGACAAUGUUGAAGAAACAACAGAAAGCCUGCCAUCAGAAACUGGGACUCCUCUCGUAUCAGUCACUCUGCGUGUGACCCUGGCAGCCAUAAUGAUCUUCAUGAUUACUAUUGGUUUCCUCGGCAAUGCGAUCGUGUGUCUGAUUGUUUACCAAAAACCUGCCAUGCGCUCUGCCAUCAACCUCCUCCUCGCUACGCUGGCCUUCUCGGACAUCAUGCUGUCUCUGCUCUGCAUGCCCUUCACUGCAGUCACUGUGGCCACUGCCGACUGGAGCUUUGGGAGCGGCUUCUGCCGAGCCUCCAUCAUGCUGUAUUGGCUGUUCGUCUUGGAGGGGGUGUCCAUCCUCCUCAUAAUCAGUGUGGACCGAUUCCUCAUCAUUGUGCAGCGGCAGGACAAGCUGACCCCACACAGAGCUAAACUGCUGAUCGCAGGUUCAUGGGUGUUGAGCCUGUGUGUGUCCCUGCCGUCUGUGGUCGGGUGGAGGACAGGUGCUGCAGGCAUUGGGGGUGCCUGGGCACCGCAGUGUGUGCUGGGAUAUAGCGAGUCUCUGGCAGACCGUGGGUACACAGUGCUUUUGGCAGUUGCAGUAUUCUUUGUACCAUUUGCUGUAAUGCUGUACUCUUACUUGUGCAUCCUCAACACGGUGCGCCGCAACACCCUGCGCAUCCACAACCACACCAGUGAGCAUUCCUGUCUGCCAGCUCUCAACCAAGUCAGCAAAAUGAGACUUCAGCGGCCCCCUCAGGUCAAAGUGGACAUGAGCUUCAAGACCAGAGCCUUCACCACCAUCCUCAUCCUCUUUGUCGGCUUCUCAGUGUGCUGGUUGCCGCACACUGUGGUCAGCCUGCUGGCCGUGUUCAGCCGGCAGUUCUACUACAGCUCGGUCUUCUACCCGAUAAGCAUUGGCGCGCUGUGGCUCAGCUAUCUGAAGACAGUCUUCAACCCUGUCAUUUACUGCUGGAGGAUCAGAAAGUUCAGGGAGGCCUGUCAGGAGUUCAUUCCCAAAAGCUGCAGACUGUGUCCCAAAGUGCCAGGCAGGAGCCGCAGGAGAGUGAGGCCCAGUAACAUCUAUGUGUGCAGUGAGACUCAGUCAGCUGUGUGAACCAAGCAGGACCAAUUUGGUAGGUGCACAACCCAGCAGCUUUUGACCUCGCAAUCAAUUGUCAUCAUCUGUAACUUCAGUCAGCAAUGAGAGGCAACUAAAGUUCACCUUAAUAGAAUAUGCUGGCUGUUGACCAAAUAAUCUCACCACAUGAACUUUCAGUCUCAACUUUAAGGCAGUGUGGAUGACAAGUUGUUAAAAUGCUCAGAGAAAUGUUAAUUUGAACAUCUACAGUUCCAUGGCAACACCAUCUGCUGAGGAAGGUCAUGUGAUAUAGUGGAAAGCUCCAGAGUUGUUACUGAAUGGACCUUGUGGUGAGGUGCUUUUGUGUGAAAGAUGAAUAAUGAACAGUCUCAAGAUAUACUGGGUGAUUUACCCUCGUGGCCGUAAUGGCUUCUGAAACUUACUGCCUUUCAAACUGCUUCAUAUACUCCAGUGUCCAUUUAUGUCUCUGUUUCAUAUUUUGACCCUUGAGUGUUUCAUCUGUGUUACUCUGUUGCCUCAGACUGUAAACUCGAUGUUCAGUCUUUGAGUAGUAGUGGUGAUUAUUAUUCCGUUGUUAGUGAUGUGUUGAGAUUCACACACACACAAAAAAACAUACGUGGUAUUAAUGAUGAGUGAUGUUCUCAGAGGAAAGUCUGAGAGCUUUUUUUUUUUUU